GCACGGGUAAGAAUCUGCUUGGUGGAGCACUCGAGCAGCUCGUGGGAAAUGUUUUGCCAGCAGCAAGCACAGUAAAUGCUGGGCUAUUCUGUUUUAGGCUGACCGUCCCAGAUGAGAACCAAGACCUAACAGCUCCAAGCCUAGCCACAGUUUCUACAAAAGAAAACAGCUCAGCAGAUGUCAUUACUGUCUGCUGCGGUGGUGAAAGGAUGGGUCUAAGGCGAUAUUUGCAAGCAAAAUGGCCCGGGAGGAUUCGGUGAAAUGCCUUCGUUGCUUACUAUACGGUCUCAACUUUCUCUUUUGGCUGAUGUCUGUCUCUGUUUUGGGUGUAUCUGCUUGGAUGAAGGAUUACCUGAAUAAUGUCUUGAUUCUGACUGCAGGAACCAGACUGGAAGAAGUGGUUAUCUUGACAUACUUUCCUGUGGCCCACCCUGUAAUGAUUGCUGUCUGCUGUUUUCUUGUCAUUGUGGGUAUGCUAGGAUGUUGUGGAACACUGAAAGGGAACCUGCUUCUCCUUCUUUGGUAUUUUGGAAGCCUGUUGUUAAUCUUCUGUGUUGAACUUGCCUGUGGUGUGUGGACUUAUGAACAGGAAAGCUUGACUCCAGUGCAGUGGUCUGAUAUGGUCAGCUUGAAAGCAAGGAUGCCAAACUAUGGUUUACCCAGAUACCAGUGGCUGACACAUGCGUGGAAUUUCUUUCAGCGGGAGUUCAAGUGCUGUGGGGUUGUGUACUUCACAGACUGGUUAGAAAUGACAGAGAUGGACUGGGCUCCUGACACUUGCUGUUCAAGAGAGUUCCCUGGCUGCUCUAAACAAGCACAUCAUGUGGACCUAAGUGAGCUUUACCAAGAGGGCUGUGGUCCAAAGUUGUACAGCUUCCUGAGGGGUACCAAACAGCUACAGAUGCUGAGGUUCCUAAGUAUAUCAAUAGGUGUUACACAAAUAUUGGCAAUGAUACUUACUGUUACUUUGCUGUGGGCACUCUACUAUGACAAGCAAGAUCCAAGGACCAAUCAGUUGCUGACAAUGAGUAAUGAUCCAACCUCUCACCUGCCAUGUCACUCAGCAGAGCUGCUGAAAUCAAACCCAGCGAAAUUUGUGGAACACAGGGCCUCAGCAGACAGCCUCUGCACACAGCUUGAAAUGGAGGAAUUAUAGUAAACCAUGGUGGCUGGCAGACACUGUAGUCGUUUUUUUGUGUGCUUGUUCAUGUGUGUCUUCUGUUCCAUGAAAGAGUUUGAAUGAAAACAUGAUGAGCAUUAAACGUCAGCAGACAGUCAAGUGUUGAAUCGUGCUGUAAAACAAUACCUUCAGACAAUGACGGAUGAUUCUAGUGUUGAGUUGUAGCGUAAAGUAAUACCUGUGAAACCGAGAUGCAAACAGACGUCACCAGAGACAGACUGUUUAUGCUGGCAGUGUUAAACAGGGCAUCAGGGCAUUAGAAAUUACAUGUGCAAAAAAAAAAAAAGAUGCGAAAUGGUAUGGUAUAGGCAUCAGAAGCCUGAAUGGAUUCCUUCUGUAGUGUUACCUACCACUUCAUUUGAAAAAAUAUUAUUGUCUAAUCCAGUGUUUUAUAUUUAAAAAGUACUUUGAAAAAGAGAGUCUUAAAUUAAUGGAGAUGUACAUAUUUUUUGCUCUUCAAUGAAAUGAUAAAUUUUAUCUGUUAACAGAAAAUAUUACUGUUUUUUCUGAUUGCAUUCUGAAUUUCUGAAAUAAAAUAUAUUGCUAUUCACAUUUCUAUUGUAAUGAAUUGUUUGUUUCCUUCUGUUAUUUUUAUUAUUUAACUUAUGAGAAGAAAGCUGAUUUUCAUAAUCUGGUUAAAAGAAACAUGUAACAGUUUAAGAGCUGUGGUUUGAGUGAAAAAUAUUGCCUAAAUUAAUAAGAUUUCAGGCAGUGAUUGUAAGCUAUGAAAUGGGAAAUGAAAGCCACUAUUGACAAAUGUUUGCAUUUUAAAAAAUGUAAGUAUUUCAUAUGUGGCAGUAAACUGCCAAAAUCUUUACCUUUUGACUCAGUGGAUUAUUUUCUGCAGGUAAUUUGAGUUAAUUUUUCAUAUUUAAGAUAUUCAAAAUGCCAGCAAUGACACUAUGCUAUGCUAUGCGCUAAACGGUAACAGUGAUGCUCAUAACAAAUACUUGUAGGCUUCAUGUGCAAACUAUAAUGUGCUUAAAAUUCUCCUUUUUAAUGAGCUACCUCUUUGUAUACUCUCAGGGUGGAGAAAUAGGCCCGCUUUAUUUAAAAUGUGCAUCCCUUUCUUUUGAAACUGCCAGCUAUAAAGGGACAUUAUGGUUGUCGCAUAUAUGAAAUUAUGUUUCAGCUUGCAUAUCUGAAAGAAAAUGAAUAAAAAGUUGCAUUAAAAAGCCUCUGUUUUAAAAGCA